GAAAUACGUUUCACAAGGAAAAGGUUACGUAUUUAAAAACUUCAAUCGCGAUGCAAAGUUAAAUUAAAACGAUAUAUUUACAAGUAACUCGUAAGACAUCAGCAUUUGCAUCCAAGACGUGGUAGGAUGGAUGUUACCAAUGUAUUGUUGAUGCUCUUUCUGUGCAAUGUUGGCCUCUCUGUAGGUGUUCAAAUGCCAAAAUUUGCACCAAAAAUAGAUGGUUGGGAAAGAGAAUGUGAAGCUCCGCAUUGCCGCUACACCGGAAAGAUUAUUGGAAGUGUGACAUCGGAAAAUUUUUUCCCAGACCCAGAGAUAUGCGUGUUUAUAAUGGUAGAAUCUUAUAAUGAAGAAGAGCAGGAGUUUUUUCCUUUGUGUGAUAUCGCUGCAUUGUUCCCCUGCACGCCAUGUUACAUCAGCAAUACAGCUUGCAACUGCACCGGUGAAAAUCCUCUCAGUUUCUCCUAUUACCCCUUUCGACGCGCUGUAUAUAGGGUCGUUGUAAAAGGACAACUAAACGUAGAGGGAGAAUGGCCAAAUAUAUGGCCUGCUUCUCCAAUGAACCUUUCCUAUUGGGCAAUCAGUAAUGUGUUCAAUAGUUCAAUCAAACCAGAUAACUGGGAUCCUAUCUACGUUCAUCCUCCAAGAAAUAAACCUAUUUUUGGAUAUUACGGUGUACCGAAGCCUCGACCAAAAAAAGCAUCUACAAACGGAAAUAUUCAACGUCUCGCAGGAACUAAUAUUGUUGGCACUGCUAUUCUGUUUGCUAUCCUCUUCACCGAGAUCAUGCUUAAUGAAUAAAGAUUGGAAUAACAUAAAGGUCAAAGGAACAUGCUUGGCUCUGUUAGAAAUUGAAAAUGCACUGCGACGCAUCUUGAAUAUUUUAUUGAUAUCUGGUGUUUAAAGUUAAAUCUAGUUAAAACAAACUGUGUCAUAUAAAAACUGUUAAUGAUGGACUUGGCAUUUAUCAUUUAAAAAAUUCUAUUCACAUAAAAAAAGAAUUAAAAAAAACAUAAAAUACACUAAAUAAUUAAAUUGAUGUGAGUUUUUAUAUUUCAAUCUUAUGCCAAAUAAUGUUGGUUUGCUAUACUAUUUUAUUAGCUUAUAAAUUACCUUUUAACAUCAGUGUAAGGAAUGAAAUGAGAAUAAAUAAUUGCAUACGA